GGACGGCGUGCCGUGGGACCUCAAUGGAGGUGAUGGAGGCCUCGGCGUGCCCAGAGAAGGUGUCGGUGGAGUCUGUUGAGUCAGUCGAGGAAUCUCGUCACAGGGUAAAGAUUCGGGUGCAGACCAUCUUCGCCGAGCUAUUAGUGACCAAUGCAGCUCCCGGCAGCAAAACCUCUGAGGUGGGCGGCGAAGCCUUGAAACUGGCGCAGACGGACCGGCCCUUGCCAAAGUACUUUGCGAGUGGCGCCCCAAAGCUGGAGAUGAUUGGAGCAGUGGACAAAGCCGCACAAGAUGGCGCCGCCCAAGAGCAAAGAGAUCUGUUGGUGCCGGAGCUGUGCGGUGAUUUCUUCCUGCUUUGCAUGUCGCUGAAAGAACGCCCGCAGCCGCCCACUGCGGAGGAUCCGAACCUUGACCUCAGCGCGGCAACGAGACUCUUUGGCGACCUCUCGCCGGAGGCGUCUUCGAGAAGUUUAGAUGCGAUGGCCACGUUGGCCGAGCAACUUCUGUCGCAAGGCUGUGACGAGCUUCAAAGUCCUCCGUUCCUACGAGCCGUGAUGGUGCUGCUUUCGCAUCCGGGGCUCGGUGAACCGGGGGAUUUCCAGGCACUCAAGAAGGUGCUAGGACUGGUUGGACAACUCCAACGACUGAAGCCGGCGAAGGAGACUUUGAUCAAAUGGUUCAGCCAACUGCCACUGACAGUCCUAGAGAACCGACUGGGACAGAUGCAGCAGUUCAUCACGCUCGCGCUGCUAGAAGCGCAGGGCGAAGGAUUCACCCAUCUGGAGGAUGUGAUUGCCAUGGCUCAAAAAGAUGGCUUGGCAAGGCACGUGCGGAACGCCCUCCGUUUGAUGGAUAUUUGCUGGGGCGCGAACCAAAUUCGCUUGGAACAUCAGCAGCACUGGCGCACUCGGCGCAAGGCGCAGCUGAUGCGUCAGCAAGGGCAGGUCUUGGACGAUGAGGCUGCACAGAGUCUGCCUUUGACACAGUUUCAUAACGAUGCCAUCAAUGAGUGCGGGGAAGGCGUCUUGAAACACGAUCUCAAGGAGGUCUUAGAGAUGCAAUAUCAACACCGCGGUCAGUACUUCACCACCAUCCAGGAUGAUCGACGUCGGGACUUUGGUAUCAUUGAAUUUCCCUUCGUGCUGACGCCUGUGUCGAAGGUGCGAAUGCUGAACAUCGAAUCCCUGUUACUUCAGAGAGAAGAGAUGCGAAGCAGCAUGGCAUUGUCUGUCUACCUCCGUUUCUCACUCAACCAGAACCCUUGGCUGGUGCUGAAGGUCCGUCGUAACUCCAUCGUGGAGGAUGCCCUGCAGCAGCUGGCGGUCUUUGGUCGAGAUCAACUGAAGAAACCUUUGAAGGUGGUCUUCGACGGCGAAGAAGGCGUAGAUGAGGGUGGCGUUCAGAAGGAGUUCUUUCAGCUGCUCGUGGAGCAACUCUACAAUGAGGACUAUGGCAUGUUCGAACGGAUCGAUGAGAGCAGAAACUUCUGGUUCAACAAGAACUCCUUCGAGGUGAAUCUCCAGUUCGAGCUCUUUGGCACCGUUUUGGGUUUGGCCAUUUACAACAAUGUCAUUCUGGAUGUCCACUUCCCCAUGGCAGUGUACAAGAAGCUGAUGUAUGGCACCUGUGCAAAGUUGGGUCUCCAAGAUUUGUUGGACUUCCAGCCAUCUCUAGCACAGGGGCUGAUCGCCCUCUUGGAACACGAAGAUGCCGCGAGCUUUCAAGAGACCUAUGGGCCCCUGCGCUUCGUGGUGCAGUACGAAUGCUUUGGCUCCGUCCAGGAGGCCGAGCUAAAAGAAGGUGGAAAGGACAUCGAAGUGACCUUCGAAAACCGUGAGGAGUACGUGCGCAGAUACUGCGACUACAUCUUCCAUACCUCGGUGGAACGUCAGUUCAAUGCUUUCAGAAAAGGCUUUGAUCAAUGCAUCAAAGAUACGCUUUUUAGGCAACUCUUUAGAUACGACGAGCUGGAGCUGCUCAUUUGUGGCUCCAAAGAAUUGGACUUCAGAGCACUGGAAACAGCAGCGACCUACCAGGAUGGCUUCACCAAAAGCAGCGCACCGGUGAAGUGGUUCUGGGAGGUGGUCCACAACCUGAGCCCCGAAGAGAAGAGGAGUUUACUCCAGUUCUGCACGGGUUGCGAUCGUGCGCCUGUGGGCGGAUUGGGCAGACUACCAUUCAUCCUCUCGAGAGCAGGCCCUGACAGCGAUGUUUUGCCCACUGUUCACACGUGCUUCAACCACUUGCUCCUCCCGGACUACAAUUCCAAGAUGCUGCGUCUCCUGUGCCGAGCUGCUCCGGUGGAAUGGCGCAAUGAGCAGAACUACACCCUGAGACGGAUGGUCUUUGGUAUGAGCACAGUUUUCCUCCUGUCUGCACUGAUUUACUCGCUGGCGUCCGAGAAUGACGUAGACGCCAGCAUGAGAGCCUUCACUGUGGCGAACGAAGCCGUCGCCGUGGUGGCUCUGGGUUCAAAUUUCCUGUUAUUGAAAAGCUUGCGAACUCGAGGGGCUCUGUUAGAGAUGUUGACAUUUAUCGCUGUGACAUUGACAAUGGUCAGCACCUACGUCGCGAAUGUUCAGGUACCAUUUGAGUUUCGCUUGUCCACUUUAUCGAGGUCGUUUUCGCAGUUUUGCUAUGGCGUAAUGCUCAUCGGCUUCCAUCCAGCAUACUAUUGCGCCUUUGCAUUUUGCGCGACGGCUACACACUUGACCAUGAUCUUCAAUUUCGUCUACCAUGAUCAAGGCGAGGAGCGUCAACCAGAUGGUCUUUAUCGAGAGCUUAUCGGGCAUAUGGUGGUACCACUUGUCUCUGUUGCGUCAUUUUUCAUGAUCAACCGUAUGAACCUUCAGCUCUAUUUGUACCAGGCGCAAAGCCAACAAGAAUCGAAAGCUCUGAGCAAACUUCUGGGACUCUCCUGUGAUUUUGUGCUGCCGUUGCACGCGAAAGGUGGUUCGGAGAUCUGCAUUUCACAGGUGAAACCCGAAUUGAAAGCCUACGUGGGAAGUGUUUGUGAAGGGGACUCCAUCCGUUGCAUCAUGGCCGACGAUUCCUUCGAGGACUUCAAUCAGCACGUUGAGCAAUUGGCUCCAAUGCAGCCAUUGCUCUUACCCGUGACUUUGAAGUCUGGUUCAUCUCCAAUUGCGGCUGAGAUGUUGCUGGUUCGCUGUCAAUUUUUUGAUGAUUCUGAGAAGUUUUUGGUUGGUGUGAGAAUUCAGGAGGAGAUUGCUCCACCUGAUGCCAUGUCGAUACUUCCACCAGGACUUGACAACAUGCGUCCUGCAACCCGAGAGUUCCGAGAAGGUUUUCUAGGCAUUUUGCCGGAAGCCGAGGCCUAUGAAGAUUCAGAGCUGAGAUCGGAAGCAGCAUUCACCACCAAGACCGGCAUGAUCUUCAACUGCAGCAAACCAAAAGAGGCCUGGCGAAACAUCCUGCGGCUGGGUCGAAAGGAGCAUUGGUUGGUCCCUGCGGAGAAUCUCUCGGUGGAGCCAUCGCAGAUUCUGGGCUCAGGAGGAUUCGGCUUGGUUUGUGAAGGAAAGUACUGUGGAGCCAAUGUGGCUGUGAAAGUGCCGCGCAAGAGCUUUGACACCGGCGAUGGUCAAGAGGCGGCAUCUGCAGCUGCGAUGCUCAUUGACUACCUUCAGGAGCUGAGGCUGUUGCGGAUUGCAAGGCAUCCCAACAUUGUGAUCUUCUACGGAGCCUUCAUGGCUCCAGCGCGGGGAGAAGUGGCGCUGGUCUUCGAGAGGAUGGAAGGCCCCACGCUGGAUCUCUUCGUCGCAGGAAAUGUGGCCGACAGCUACAAAGCACUCAUGAUGCUAGACAUUACGCAUGCGCUCCUCUACCUUCACAGUCUCAGACCUCCCAUUGUCCACGGCGACGUGAAACCGGGCAACGUCUUUGUGGAGUGUCGCGAGGGCCAGAUGGUCACGAAACUCGCAGACUUUGGCUUGGCUCGGAGAAUCACUGUGUCAGCUGCCACCAUGGGAG